UGGGUUGAGUGUGUGAGUCUCUCUUCUCAGGAUUUCUAGUUUCCCCUCGUAGAUAGAAAUACAGAGGACCAGUGUAUGAGAGAGAAGUUGACUGAACAGCGCACAGGCUGUCGCUCUACACACCGGAUUCCGGGGGCACUGCUUCUCGGACUAAAAGCGUGCUUGUUCUGUCGGGCGUACAGGGGGAAAGCCGUCUGCUAUGAGGUGGAUGCAAAGCAAAGUGUGAUUUUUGAUUUAUAAACAUUUCUCAACCUGCAGCGGGAAGAGAGUGGAAAUCACGGAGCACCGCACUCUCACUUUCCGCGGAUUGCAACGUGAAAUAGCGGAUAUCUUUUGCUCCGCGCAUUUGCAUGGAUUUACCACAUAGGUGUGCGAUGUUCAGACUACAGAUUGUCUUUUGCACUUUGUCGGUGCUACUGUCACUUUCAUUUGGUGGAGAUGUUAAAUCGCGGAGCUGCAAUGAUGUUCGGCAAGCCUACACCGCCAAAGGCUUUAGUCUCGCCAGUGUUCCUCACCAGGAAAUAUCAGGUGAACAUCUGCGCGUGUGUUCCCAAGGUUACACCUGCUGUACGUCAGAAAUGGAGGACUCACUCGGCCAGCAGAGCAAGCUGGAGUUUGAGAACCUAGUGGAGGAGAUGAGCCAGAACUUGCGAACCACAUUCACCAGUCGGCAUAAAAAGUUUGACGAAUUCUUCUUGGAGUUGCUGGAAAACUCACAGAGGUCGCUGAAUGACAUGUUCGUGCGGACAUACGGCAAGUUGUACAUGCAGAACUCGGAGGUCUUUCAGGAGCUGUUCACGGAGCUCAAGCGCUACUACACGGGCGGCAACGUCAACCUCCAGGAGAUGCUCAACGACUUCUGGUCGCGGUUGCUCGAGCGCAUGUUCCAGCUGCUCAACUCGCAGUACCACUUCACCGACGACUACCUGGAAUGCAUCAGCAAGUACACUGACCAGCUCAAGCCGUUUGGCGACGUGCCCCGCAAGCUGAAGGCCCAGGUCACGAGGGCCUUCAUCGCAGCCCGGACGUUUGUUCAGGGGCUCAUGGUUGGCAGAGAGGUGGCAAACAGAGUGGCAAAGGUGAAUGUGUCGCCAGGCUGCUCUAAGGCGCUCACACGGAUGCUGUACUGCCCAUACUGCGGAGGACUGCCCGACCUUAAGCCCUGCGGCAACUACUGCCAGAACGUCAUCAAGGGCUGCCUGGCCAAUCAGGCCGACUUGGACCCAGAGUGGAACUUAUUCAUUGAUGCCAUGCUGUUGGUGGCAGACAGAUUGGAAGGACCGUUCAACAUAGAGGCCGUCAUGGAGCCCAUAGAUGUCAAGAUCUCCGAGGCCAUCAUGACCAUGCAGGAUAACACCAUGCAAGUUUCAGCAAAGGUCUUUCAGGGAUGUGGGCAUCCCAAGCCUGCCGGAAUGGGGCGGUCCACCCGCGGCAUCACAGACACUUUCAACGCCCGCUUCAGACCCUACAGCCCCGAGGAGCGGCCCACCACAGCCGCUGGCACCAGCCUAGACCGCCUGAGGAUUGUCUGGAGGACAAUGCAACAAAGCGUGGUGGAUAUCAAGGAGAAAUUGAAAGAGUCCAAGAGGUUCUGGUCUGGCUUGCCGAACAGCAUCUGCUCAGAAGGGAGGGUAGUGAGCUCUGACUCAGAGCAGUGCUGGAACAGUCACACCAAGGGCAGGUACUUCCCUGAAGUAGUGAAGGACGGUUUGACAAAUCAGCUGCACAAUCCCGAGGUGGAGGUGGACAUCACUCGACCUGACACCUUCAUCCGCCAGCAGAUCAUGACGCUCCGCAUGAUGACCACGAAGUUACGGAACGCAUACAACGGCAACGACAUCUACUUUCAAGAUUCCAGUGACGAGGGCAGUGGCUCGGGCAGCGGGAGCGGCUGUACGGAAGGCUGCACCACAGAGUUCGAGUUCACCGGGACCGAGGCCCCUGUGGUAAGCGCUGACCGCAGCGAUGGUCAGGCCGCCUCUGGCCACGCCACGUCCUGUGUGGCCGCCUCGUCUGUCCUCCUCACGUCACUGGCACUGCAGCUGGUCCUGCUCUGGCAGUGGAGAUAAUGGUAGUGUGAGGGGUGGGAGAGAGAGAGAAGUAUAGAGAGAGAGAGAAGGAUAGAGAGAGAGAGAGGGAUAGAGAGAGAAAGAGGGAUAGAGAGACAAGGGCAGAUAGGAAUCACCAUGGACUCUCUGAGCAUGUCAGACAGCGCAGCAGCACAGACGUGGACGCUCAUGCUGUCAGCCUUUCCCAAACCGGACAAUUUUACUAAAAAAAAAAUAGAAAAGAAAUGGAGAAAAAAAUUAAAUACGUUGGAAAGAGAGAACAAGAAAGAGAGAGAGAGAGAGAAGUGAAGAGAGUGAAAAACGUCAAAUGAAAUUGAAAUGAGAGAAACCCCCCAGGUGGAGAGCAGCUUCACUGCGAGGGGAGAAACGAAUGAGAGUGUGCACCUCUGCAUCCUGCUUGUUCCAAAGAAUGCCCGGUGCCACCAUCAAAACAGCUUUCGAUACGGCCAACAACUACUUUUUCUUCUCAUUUCCAUCACUGAGGCGCAGCUCGCUCAGUCGGAGUACAGCAAAGAAACACAAAAAGGACAAAAAAAGAUUCAAAAAAGAAAAUAAAUUCUAUUUUUUGUUGUUUUGUUUUAUACUGACUAAAUGGAACCUUUAAAAUGUAAAAAAAGAGAAAAAAAAUCCCUGAAGUCUGUUUUGCCCUGUUCAGCCCCUCCAACCCAGAGCAACAAAUAGUGAUGUGCAGAUACUCACAUUCUACUGUGAGUAAACAUGAGAAGGUUGUUAUUUUUGAUUCUCCGAGCUUUUAAUUCUGCAUAUGCACACAAAUGGCGUGUCAUUGCUGUGAUUGAAGAGAAAUUUGAACGAAUUUUAGAGUUGAAAGCUUAACACAGUUUUGCACACAUUUGAAAGUAAACAUUACAUGAAAGGCUUAGUAUAAACAACUUCAGCUUUUGCACAGAUUUGGUUGGUUCAAUCUUUUUAUUAAUAUAAUCUUUGUUUUUUUUUUCUUAUGAAGAGAAAAGAAAAAUUAUUUAUAUUUUCGAAAAUAGCUAUAUUUUAGCCUCUAUCAACAUUGGAUCUAAAUUAACAUCAUAUCUAACAGAGCUUAUUAUGCUGAUUUUAACAGUCUGUUCCUUUAAAAUGCAGGCAUUAAUUUAUUUUCUUUUUUUUCUUUAGUUUUUUUUUGAGAGCAUUGAUGUUUUUGGUGAAGUCAGUCUAACUGCAAAUGGAGGACUAAGUAAAAUGCCCUUACCGUUAAUCUGGUGUGUGUGAAUGAAGUCCUCAUCCAGAGUGCACACAUUUGUGACAUUAUGACACAUGAAUGUGUUGAUGAAAUAACCUGAUAACACCCCGCCAUCCAAAACUCAUCACUGCAAAGCACACCUAUCAGUGUCACCUCACAGUGAACUGUAUAUCUAAUUAAAACUUAACAAAUUCUACCCUGUUCAGAUUAGGUGUUGGGGGAAGGGAGAAGU